AUGCCACUACCAAACAAGAAUGCAGAACAGAAAGCUAACCUAAAGACAGUUUUUCAGAAAUUUCGUAUUCCCCACCUUUAUCAGUACUUUUACAAAACCAUGACAUUGAAGGGGUUUUCAGAGCUUCAGUCGGACACACUGGAAGCCUACGGAAUUCAAAAUGAGAUGGAUGCCAUGCGAUUAUGCGAUGCCGUUGAAUAUGCAAAGGACAUUCUAAAUUCACCAUCUCUUUUAUCCGUUACUGAGGUGCUGGACGGCGUCGAGGAAUGCGACCCAACAGAAGACAAGAUGGACGUUCAUAAGCGAGACAGUCGAUACACCGCACGAGGCACAACCGUACUGACUAGAACGCCGGACAAUCGUGAGGUUAAGCGAAAAAGCCGCAUUGUGGUUGCCAUCCGAAAGCGGCCGAUCAAUGCCGGAGAGGAGGCUGGUGGAUUUGAAGAUGUUAUGGAGUCGAAUAACAUAAGCGAGAUUAUCCUGAAGGAGCCCAAGGUGAAGGUUGACCUGCGUAAGUAUAUCCAUAUUCAUCGUUUUUACUUUGACAAAGUCUUUGACGAGACGUGCACGAAUGAGAAUGUAUACCAGCGGACUGCUCGCGAUCUUAUUGAUACCGUUAUGGACGGCGGUUCGGCUACCUGUUUUGCCUACGGUCAAACGGGGAGCGGCAAGACCCACACGAUGCUCGGCAAAGAUGAGGAACCGGGAUUGUACGCUUUAGCAGCACGUGAUCUCUAUGCGUGUCUUAACAUAAGAGGCGACCUUGUGGUGUCGUUCUACGAGAUUUAUGGGGGUAGAUUGUAUGAUCUGCUCAACCGACGUCAGCUGUUGCGAUGCCUCGAGGAUGAGAAGGGUAAGGUGAACGUUCGUGAACUAACGGAGCACAUAUCGGGGAGCGUGGAUGACCUGAUGCGCAUUAUAGAGCAAGGAAGUCGGAUCAGAAGCUCAGGCUGCACCGGGGCCAACGACACUAGCUCCAGAUCGCACGCAAUACUCGAGCUAAAGCCGAGAGUCCACGAUAUCAGUGGCCCCAAGUAUUCCGGUGGCAAAUUCACGUUUAUCGAUCUUGCUGGGAGCGAGCGUGGUGCCGACACCAUCGACUGUGCGCGGCAAAUCCGUAUGGAGGGUGCUGAAAUCAACAAGAGUCUUCUCGCCCUGAAGGAAUGCAUUCGAUUUUUAGACCAAAACAAGAAACACGUGCCUUUCCGCGGUUCGAAGCUGACCGAGGUCUUGCGCGAUUCGUUCGUCGGCAACUGUCGGACCGUAAUGAUUGGCACCGUUUCGCCCGCGAACAACAACUGCGAACACACUCUGAACACGCUGCGCUACGCGGACCGUGUAAAGGAGCUGAAGCGAAGCGCAUCCAAUAAACCAACCUUAGAGGAGAAUGAACAGAAGCAAAUUGUUUAUAUGGCCAAACCGCCUUUACUCAAGGCCCACCGGCCCGCCACCACGAUUCCAGGCAAGAGUAGCCGUUUUUCACUCGCCGCCCCUCUCCUCAGCGGCCGCAGUAGCGGGCUGUGCAAUCAGGCCCCGACCGUCCUCAACGCGAUGGCGUCGCAGGGGCCGGUGAAGCGCGGCCGCGAGGAGGUCGCGUCGCUGCCGCCCUCCUCACCCAGUGAAGCCGGGCUCCGGCACGGCGGCACCCGCCAGGAGCACGAUGCGGAGAGCGGGGGCUACAGCGGCCCCUUGACCUCGGACUCCCACUCCUCCGCGGCCCCGGCGCACGCCGCCUUGCUGGAGAGCGCGAUGGAGGCCUACAAGCACUACCUCGACGUCGACAUGUAUUGCAUCCGUGAGGAGCACCAAGUCAAGUUCAACGCACAGCAGGAACGUGUGAGCGCGGACGAAUUUAUCAAGAAGGCACGUGAGCUGGUGGACGCAAAGUGUGAAGCAAUGAACCACUUCCUUGCCCGUCUUGAGGUUCUCGAGAAGACACCCAAGUAG